UAUCAUUUUGUUACGGUUGGUUACGAUUUCACCCCUAGUAAAUUAUCUGUUUUUAUUUAUAUUGAUUAAUAAACGGUUUAUUUACAAUUUAUUUAUCAGUUGUUGCAAAUAGUUAAAUUUGAAUAACAAGCCGCUUCACCAUGAAUGAUGGAAAUCCUCCGAUGAAUAUAAUGCAGCCACCCCCGAUACUACUAAAUCCAACAGGAGUAUUGGAGCCACCCGAGCUAUCUGGGAUUCCUCCAGAAGCUUUACUUCAACCUCCAGUGUACGGAGGAGCACCCGGUACCCAAGGAUGGGCUACUAGCGAGGAUUUUGAAGGUCAGAACUUGGCACUACAAGGAAUGGCGUUAAUGCCAGGCGAGCAACCCUUACCUUCACUACUGUCCCUUAAGGUCGACCCACCGGAUCAACUGAUCGAAGGUAACGGUACCACUGAGGUUGUGCUGCCACAAGUAAUCGAGCAAGUAUUGGCACUUAAAAAUAGGAGGGCUUUAGAGUUGGGCACCGAGGAAAACGCGGCGGUUUCAGGUGAAGUCGUUGCAUCUACACCAGUAUGGGAACGGGAUGAAAAUGAAGCACCAGAGUCGGAAAAUAUACCAAAGGCUUCAAAGGAUGUGGCGAAAACCACCAAAAACAAAAAAAAGAAGAAAAGAAAGAAGAAUAAAAAGCUUCAGAAUGGUGAGGUUGCCAGUUCGGGAACUACAAAAGACAUCCCCGACCUCGAUGUUGAGUAUAUACAAGAAAGUUUGGGUUUACACGAGCUAGCCCCGCAAUAUCGACAGUUUUUCCACAUCUUCGAGGCAUUUAAAAUCGCGGACACAAAGCCUUUAAUUCCACCUCCUCAACUGGCCACUCCUACGACUUUGUCAAACAAAACCUUGCCACUGCUCGGCGAUCAGUUUCAAGAAGAAAUGGAGGAGGCGGACGAGAAAAUCAAAGAGGACAAGUCUAAGAUGUCCAAGAGGAAGCUAAAGAAAUUAACACGACUGAGCGUCGCCGAGCUGAAGCAGUUGGUGAAUCGGCCAGACGUUGUCGAAAUGCACGAUGUUACGGCGAGAGAUCCCAAGCUUUUGGUCCAACUUAAAGCGCACAGAAACACAGUUCAGGUGCCCCGGCAUUGGUGUUUCAAGCGCAAGUACCUACAGGGAAAACGGGGCAUAGAAAAACCUCCGUUCAAUUUGCCGGAUUUUAUAAAAAGGACGGGCAUUAUGGAAAUGCGCGCCUCGUUGCAGGAUAAGGAUGAGACGAAAACUCUCAAGGCGAAAAUGAGGGAGAGAGCUCGGCCGAAACUUGGCAAGAUUGACAUUGAUUAUCAAAAGUUACACGAUGCGUUUUUCAAAUGGCAAACAAAACCGAAGAUGACGAUCCACGGGGACCUUUACUACGAGGGCAAGGAGUUCGAAACGCGUCUAAAAGAGAAGAAACCGGGGGACCUCUCUGAAGAGUUACGUACCGCAUUGGGAAUGCCCGUCGGACCAAAUGCGCACAAGGUGCCACCGCCUUGGCUGAUUGCCAUGCAACGUUACGGGCCGCCUCCCAGUUACCCAAAUUUGAAAAUCCCCGGCUUAAACGCGCCAAUUCCGGACGGAUGUUCGUUCGGUUACCACGCCGGCGGCUGGGGUAAACCGCCGGUCGACGAAACCGGUAAACCGCUUUACGGCGACGUAUUCGGUACACAUCAAGCCAACAUAGAUGAUGUCGGGGAAGAUAUAAAUAUCGAUCGGUCCUUGUGGGGAGAACUUGAAUCGGAAUCGGAGGAAGAGAGCGAAGAAGAAGAGGAGGAUGACGAUAAGGAUAAACCUGGUCUCACAGAUGAGACAGGUUUAAUCACCCCGGCCGAAGGCCUGGUCACUCCGAGUGGACUGACGAGCAUUCCUGCCGGAAUGGAAACACCUGAAGCUAUUGAACUAAGGAAGAAGAAGAUUGAAAGCGAGAUGGAAGGAGGGGAAACUCCCGUGUUGUACCACAUCCUCCCCGAAAAACGCAACGAACGUCUCGGUGCGGCCAUGAUGGCGAGCGCUCACGUAUAUGACAUGACUGGUCUGGGAGCGCCACCUCCCAUGACUUCCAAACGUGGAAUUUCCUCUGGCGACCAGCGAGAGGGAAUGGUCGAAUUGGCGUUAGAUCCGUCAGAACUUGAUAUGGACAGUGACGCUAUGGCGGUACGAUACGAGCAGCAGAUGCGGGAGAAUCAAUCACAGUUGCAAAAGGAAGAUCUCAGUGAUAUGUUAGCUGAGCACGUCGCCAAGCAGAAAAAUAAAAGAAAGCGACAGCAAAAUUUGGAUACAAAACAGACGAAAAAGUAUAAAGAGUUUAAGUUUUAAUUAUAAUGUAAGUGUUUUCAAUUAUAUCAUAGCGUAAUGCAAUUUCUGUAAUUAAUUGGUGAAGAUUUGUAAUAAACAGGUCUGUCAGUGACA